CAGCUGCCUAGCUCGUUCUCGUAGCUAGCUUUUCGCCUUGUUCUCAGCUAACUACUAUGUCGGAUUGUACCCUACCACCGGCAGAAGAUGGAUGUGUGUGGAGGGAAAUUGGCUAUCUGGAGACGAGCUGUGGCACCGAAGACUUUCUGUCGGGGCUGGAAGUGUGGCUGAAGCGGCCUCAGGUGGUCAACAGACGUCUCCUAGGAGCGGUGCUGGUGAAGGGAGACUGGGACGUAGGAGGCUCGGAGUCUGUAAGAACAACGUCUGAGGCAAGGGAACGGGUCUUUGUACGGGAGCUGCUUCCGCGAGCAAAGAAUGUGGAGACCAGAAACGAAGCUGUCACAAUUCACCAUGAUUCACUAAAGGUGUCGGCGACCUUUGCCCCUGUGGAUGAUGUAAUGAGUAUCAAAAGUGGGUGUGGCUCAUAUAGACUGGAAUACAGCAGCGGAGAUCCUCAUAAGGUUUCCCUCUCAAUCUUUGGCCUUUUGAACAAAGACGAUGGGUCUGGCAAGGAUACCGGUCAUUCCCCUCCAGACGGAGUAACCACCCCGACAUUGGAGUGGCUCUACUCCGUGUUACUCUGGAAGGUGGUACAGUGGUCUGAGGAGAGCGAGAGGAGGAGGGGGGGAAGAGAGACCUCGUCAAGCAGUAGACAGCACGAGAGUCUGGUCCCUCUCGCCAGCUACAGCUCUCUCUACAGACAUCUUAGGGACAAGUAUGGACCUCCACUCAUUCAGAACUGGCCUGAAGCCACUGACCCUCACAAGUUUGUGUACGAGGAUAUUGCUAUUGCUACGUACCUCAUCCUGCUGUGGGACAAGGAGAGGGAGGAACGUGGGCUGACAAAGAAACAGACAUUUGUUGAUCUUGGUUGCGGCAACGGACUUCUUGUCUAUCUCCUUACUUCAGAAGGAUACACUGGUAAGGGCAUCGACCUCCGGAGACGUAAGAUAUGGGGUUACUAUGGCGACAGAGCUAACUUGGAGGUGUGCUCGUUAACACCGUCGGACCUCACAGUCUUCCCGCAAUUUGAUUGGUUGAUUGGUAACCACUCGGACGAGCUGACUCCAUGGAUCCCUCUCAUGGCUGCCAGGUCAUCGUACCAGACUCGCUACUUUGUUUUGCCCUGCUGUCCACACGACUUUGACUCCAAGUUUAGGAGGCCAAAUACCACCAAGAGCCAGUACUCCAGCUACCUGGACUAUAUCCGACUUAUUGGAGAGACGGUGGGGUUCAGAGUGCAAGAGGACACGCUGAGAAUCCCGUCCAGCAAACGAGUGUGUCAGGUGGGCCAGAGAAGGUGGUACGCUGAGGAAGACGAGGGAGAGAUGGAGAAGAAGAGAGCGGGUUUUCUGAGGGAGAGAUGUCGCAGUGGCCUGCCUCGGCAGAGUGGAGGAGAGGGAGGAGAUGGGGAGGGUGUGGUCACAGAGGGAGAGGGUGUGGUCAACGUGAGAAGUGAGACUAGUAAAAGUACCAAGCAGGUGAGCUCUGUUGCUGGUGGUAGGUGUGAGGGAAGUGGUUGGUCAGAGAGGUUUGUGCCUCGUUCUGCGACUGAUCAAACACGCAACUGUCUACACGUUGACCGGAGCUUGCAGGAGUUCAUUGUGCAGACUCUGUCCAGCCACUUACUGGAGACUGAGAACUGGAUCGCCAUUCCUACUACCCCUGCUGUCAUCUCUAGUUCAACCCCAACAUUUACAGCCAGCUCAACUACCAACAUCCCUAGUCCAGCCACUGCACUCCACAGUUCAACCAACACUGUCCCUUCUCACUGUUCAUUGAUCAUAUCCAGCCAUCCUUCAGCCGCCUCUAGCACUAGUGAAUCACUUACCACCUCCACCAGCGGGCCAGUCAACAACCCAACUAUCACUAACCCAACUAUCACUAACAGCACUAACUCAGUCUCUACCAUUAAGUCAGUCCUCACGAGCCUCCCAACUUUGACCACUGGUCCACUUGGUUCUCCAGCCAACCCUCUUACAGUGUCUGAAUCCAACCCUCUCCCUGCUGCCUUACCCAUCCUCACCACUGCUGCUGAGAAAACUCCCGGUGACAAUGUUGUUGGAGAUACCCACACUGAUGCUGCUCUUUCUUCUCUGACAGCAGCACUUUCAUCGAAAUCAGACUCCCCUGCUCCCAACAUGUGUCAACUUCACAGAAAAACGCCGUGCGAUGGUUCUUCAUGUCUCCCCCACACUCCCAAAACUACUAGUAACACUUGUGAAAAUAAUUGUGACGAUGUCAUCCUUAUUAACGAUGUCGAUGAUGUCGUGUGGAAUCCCGGCAACCAUGACGAUGCAGCGAGACAAAAGAAGUUGGGGAUGGAGGGAGAGGGACGAGAGGUGGCUGCAACUGGAGGAAAAGAUGAGGCAAGGCUCACCUGUGAGGCUUCCCGGGGAAACCAAACUCUGUGGAAUUUAGGAGCCUUGUGUUGAGUCGAUGUUGAAUGAUACGACACAGUCACCCUUUGCCAUCUUGUUACCCGACAUUUCCAUGCAUUGUUCCGCCCGUGGCGCUGAAUUCCACAGGAUACAGAGGAAAGAGUCUAUUUGUAAACAUGUCACUCGCUGUUUUGCUAGCAAACAUAGGCUUGGGAUUGUUCAAUUCCCACUGCUGUUACUCAAGGGCCGAUUGUAACAUGUAUGUGGACACUUACUAGUGACCCUGGUGUACAAUGCAAUAAGAUGUUGAGCCAGAGUGCAUUAUGUAUAAUACAUGGUCCAUAUUUUGAAUUUGAGUUUCACAGCCAUCUUAACCUACGCAUACACUGCACCUCUCCCUCCACUAGCCUGCUGUUAACCUUUUCAACAAUAGUCCCAAAUCUUUGAACCGUCUGCCAAUAUGGGCCAUUCUAUUGCCGUUCCCCUUUGCACUAGUUUGAAAUCGGGCUGUCCCGUUUUUUGUCCUGUUCUCCCAUGUUUUGCACACGUGCCCGCAGGACGGCUGGGUAUAUCGGACGCGGCGAGGCUAUUUGACGACGCUGUUCUCAGACAACUGAAACAAGAGUGCGGAGGGCUCCAGACACUGUUGAGGAACCACCACCAAGUGUUUGCGGUGUGCCGAGGGUUUGUGCAGCUUCGGAACUGGGCGGUCGCUGGACCAGAGCACGGGCCCCGGCGGCCAGCCAAGCGGCGGAGUGCCGAGGACGCCAAAAGACUAGUCAAGACCAAACCGUGCUGGUUCCACCACAACCAUCCACAGGGGUGCCCGCGACAGUUCCUAGAAGAUUCCUCCUGCCCCUAUGCCCACAGUUCUGGGGACCUCAGACAAAGACCUGAUUUUAGCUCCACUUCUGAACCAGUAGUAACCUUUCCAACUCUAUAGCAUUUUCCAACGCUUACUACAUAAUAUAAUAUAGCGUUUCCCAACUCCAUCGUCAUUAUUGACUUCGAUGCGCGCGCAUCUGUUGAUUAUUGCGGCG